AUGCGCAACCCCUUCAGAUCUGGUCCUCAUCUCGAGCACCCGGUCGGCGAACAUGAGACGAAAGACAUCAACAAGGCAGUCGAGGCUGGCCAAGCGCCAGUAGUUGACGUCAAACACCCGGUCGACAACUCAGAUGGUAGCAGUAGCAUCGAGUCCUUCACCGCUGGAGCGCAAGAUGGUGUCAAAAAGAUGGAGGCUACGACUACUGUGUGGGACAAGAAGUCUCUCAUUGCUGCGUACAUUCUAAUGUGGGUUGUCACAUUUGUGGACGCAAUGCAACAGGGUGCUUCAUUCUCGCUGAGCGCCUACGUUACCAGCUCUUUCGCUCUCCACUCGUUGACAGCCUAUACUGGAGUCAUGUCUGGAAUCAUCGGCGGGGUGCUCAAACUUCCUCUGGCCAAGAUUCUAGAUAUUUUUGGACGCCCUCAAGGCUACGCUAUCAUGGUCGCUUUCUUGGUCGUGGGUUUGAUCAUGAUGGCAGCCUGCAACAAUGUGCAAACCUACGCAGCGGCGCAGAUCUUCUACUGGAUUGGUUACAACGGAAUAUCGUACACCAUCGGUAUCUUCGUUGCUGACACCUCUCACCUGAAGAACCGUGGCUUUAUGUUCGCGUACGUCAGCUCUCCGUACAUAAUCACUGUCUGGAUCACUGGACCCUUGGCUACUGCGUUCGUCAACGGGCCCGGUUGGCGCUGGUUCUAUGGAGCUUUCGCCAUCAUAACUACCGUCGUCAAUGUCCCCUUACUGGCGCUCUUCUGGGUGAACUACCGCAAGGCGGUGCGCGCCGGGACCAUUGUUCCAACCAAGAGCACCCGCACCUUCAUGGAGUCUCUGAAACACUAUCUCAUCGAGUUCGAUGCUGGCGGUCUCUUCCUCCUUAUGGGUGGCCUGGUAUUCUUCCUCUUGCCCUUCAGCUUGUGGUCGUAUCAAGAUGGCCUCUGGAACUCCGCCCUUGUCAUCUCGUUCUUCAUCGUUGGUGGUCUGAUGCUCAUUGGCUUCGUGCUGUACGAGAAGUUUGUUGCCCCAAAGACCUUCGUUCCUUAUGAAGUUCUUCUCGAUCGUACAGUACUCGGCGCAUGUAUCGUGUCAGGCGUAUUCUUCAUCAGCUUUUACUGCUGGAACGCCUACUUCUUCUCCUUCCUCCAGGUUGUAAGCGGACUGAACAUCACCGAGGCGACCUACGUCACCAACAUCUACAGCAUCGGCUCGUGUUUCUGGUCUCUCUUUGUCGGUGCGCUGAUCAGAUGGACUGGUCGUUUCAAGUGGCUAGCUAUGUACUUUGGUGUCCCAGUAACCAUGCUUGGAACCGGCUUAAUGAUACACUUCAGACAGCCCGAUGUGGAUGUCGGCUGGGUGGUCAUGAGUCAGAUCUUCAUCGCUUUCGCAGGUGGCGCUAUUGUCAUCACUGAGCAGAUCGCUGCCAUGGCAGCAACAACUCACCAGUAUGUCGCUGUGGUGCUGGCGAUCGAAGGAAUGUUCUCCAGCGUAGGUGGCGCGAUUGGAGGCUCCGUUUCAGCAGCAUUGUGGACUGGAUUGUUUCCUGCAAACCUGGCAAGAUAUUUACCUGCUGAGGCACAGGCGGAUGCUGCAACCAUCUAUGGCGAUCUCACGAAGCAACUGUCCUACCCCAAGGGAACCCCGACAAGGUAUGCGAUUGAGCAGGCAUACGGUGAAUCGCAGAAGUACAUGGCUGUUGCUUCAACAGCGAUCUUGGUAGUUGCUAUCGGAGGUGUUCUGAUGUGGAGAGAUAUCAACGUCAAGAACUUCAAGCAGGUCAAGGGUCGUGUCUUGUAG